UUUUGAUGUGCACUUCUAAAUCCCACAAACAAUCCCCAAUAAUUAUUGAAGGAAAUGGAAAACCUCAAAUCGUCUACAACCACAAAAAAAUCAUUCAUCGGAAACCCUAGACAGCUUUGAUCAGUGACCCUAAACUAAACCCAACAGGAUUAUCUUGCAAGUUUGUUUACCUCCGAAAUUGAUAAAUAACGACUUGUUUACUUGUUAAAAACAACCACUGACUGUGUAUUCAUUGUUAAUUGUGGUUGUGUGUUCCUUUUAUUUGUGUGUAGGAUAGUAAUUCAUUUGAAAUUAAGGACAAUAUAACAAAAGAUGAAAUGUAAAUGUUAUAAAAUAAUAUAUCAGAAAUCAAUUGGAUGAUAAUUCAAAAAUACAGAUAAAGGUUGUGUCAUAAUUACUAGUUGUCAUACUUCCAGUUUGUUUGUUAUGCCUCUGUAGAACAGGUGUGAUAUGAGACAAAAGAGUAAACAAGAAGUAGAGCACUAUUUAUUGGAAUUUAACAGUUUUAAUGUUUAUCUUGUGUCCAAACUGUGAACAUCCUAAAAAUAAGUUUUGAUUCAAAGCAUGUUUAUGGAAUUUACUAUAUUGUAUAUACACAGCUUGAUUGAUGACUUUGUUAAAAUAAUGAUGUGCUUUGCAAAUAAUAAAAUAACAGCAGUUUUUGAGGAAUUAUGAUAUUGUUUUAAAAGUGAUUUGGAAUUAAAUAUGUCCACCAUGUCAUCAUCAAUGCAUGGUAGUAUGGAUUUUGAGACACCAAAUCCAACCAGAUCCUUUGAAUUGCCUGGAUCAGAUAUACAAAGAGAAGGCAUUCUGAAGAAGUUAAAGACUAACAAGAAAAAAUAUUUUGUUCUUCGAUCUACAAGUAGUAGUGGCCCUGCGCGGCUGGAAUAUUUUGAUUCAGAAAAAAAAUUAAGAGCAGGUCUUCCGCCAAAACGUUCAGUGAUACUUCAUACAUGUUUCAAUAUAAACAAGAAAAAUGACUCUCGUCAAAAAUAUGCAAUAGCUUUAUAUACCAAAGAUGAAUGUUUUUCUGUGGUAGCUGAUGAUGCCGUUGAACAGGAAUUAUGGUUAAAUUUGUUAUUGAAAUUACAAAAUGAAUUCAUACCACCAGGAGAAAUGCCAAAGCGCCAUUUUGAGCAUGUUUGGCAGGUCAGUGUGAAACCUAAAGGACUUGGAAUGAUUCGAGGAAUCUGUGGAGAUUAUAGACUAUGUUUGUCUGACAGUGAUAUUUGUAUGGUCAAGAGAAACUCCGAUAAACCAGAACAUACUUUUCAGUUGAGCAGUAUAAGAAGAUAUGCAAACACAGAUAAUUUUUUCUUCAUGGAAGUCGGCAGACAUUCUCCCACUGGGCCAGGAGAAUUGUACAUGCAGUUAGAAGAUAGUUUUAGUGCUCAGAAUAUCCAUGAAGAAUUACUUGUAUAUAUGAGAAAGAAUUCUGGGGGAGAUAUUUUCCGACAAAGGAGUUCUACCAGUACUUCCACAUUGAGACGAUCACGAGACAGCGCAGACAGUGAGAGCGAUGUGACAAUACGACAGAGAACUCACAGUGAAAGUAAAAAGAAUACUGGCAGUCCUAGAAGAUCCAUUCAAAGACCUCAGUCAGUGGCGACCCUGCCUAGAUCUCCUGAAAAUAAUAUCAUGAUGAACAGUGGUUUCUAUGCCAAUAUACCAUCAACAUUUAAUGUUCCAAGGGACAGGUCAGACAGUUCAAGUUCAAGGGCAUCUAGUCACAAAUCACUACCUCCUGAAGGAUAUGGAUCCAGUCCAGAACCCAUAUAUGAAAAUACAAAAGAUAAUUCUAAUACGAGCUCAUUACGAUCAAUGACUCCUGAAUCCUUCAGCUUACCAAUUACAGAGGAAUCACUAAGUACUUAUAUGGAUAUGAGCCAUAGUCAGAAUUCAGCAGCCAUCAUGGAAAACACCCCCUACUUAGACAUGAUGCCAGGGCAACAGCCAACCAACAAACAGUUAUUCAUCUCACCUAUUCAACCAAUCCAUGGAAGAUCUUCCAGUUUGCCCGUCACUCAAAGCUCAAACAAAUCUGACACAGACAAAGCGUACAUGGCUAUGUCCCCUGGGCAAAGUACACAAGAAACAGUGAUGUCAUCAUACAUGGCUAUGUCACCUGGGCAACACUCUGGUCCCAUGACAAAUUCACAAGGUCAACAGCAGUCUCCUGUCAUUACAUCUCCUGGAACACCUUAUUCACCUCCAAGUCAAAGAGUUUCCAGGCCAGAAACACCACCUAGUCAGAGAGUCUCUAGACCAGGAUCUUCUUGUUCACACGACUCAUCCAUUAAUUCAUCAGAUGGAUACAUGGAAAUGAACCCAGCUGAACAGUCCAAGAGUUCAGAGAAAGUAAAUAUUGGACCAGAACAAGGCUACAUAGAUAUGACUGUUGGAAGUAGCUCUUCUACAUCAUCAAAAGAUGGAAGUCCAAAGUUAUCUCGUACAGCUCCAAUACCUAUCAGAUCAACAAAACAGUCUGCGUACAUGGAUAUGGGACCGUCCAGUCAACCAUUAGCUCCUGUCAAAGAGGGUGGAAGUGGGGAAGGAAACUUUCCAUUAACACAACAACACAAUCAUUUUGUUGACAUGAAUCUUCGUCCAAAUAAAGUAGUCAGCUACCUAUCUGAUGACUCCAUGUCAGGGGAAUUCCCAAAAAGAGCGUAUUCUGUUGGAAGUAGACCUCCGCGGAAACUCUUACCUCAACAUUUACACCAUCCUGUUAUGCCCAAACAGAAUGUAUCAACCAAUGGGAGGAGUUCGAGUGCGCCACACUUAAUCGAGAAAAAAUUACGUAACAUGAACAUGAUCCCAUACACGACUAUGGAUUCUUCGUUAAGUUGCAGUCCAAGUCAGUCAAUCAAAUCCUCAAUUUCUGAUUCCGAUUCUUUUAUAGAAAUGGAGCAUAUGAGGCCAAGGACAUCAAGUGAUAGUUUUGGAUGUAGGCCAAGGUCAUCAAGUUUUGGCAAAGUGUUUGUUCAAGGUCAUAGGCCAAGGUCUUCAAGCUAUGGUACAAGUGCACGUGGAAAGUUAGGAUCUUAUGAAUCUGUACGAUUAACUUCAAAGGAACUCCAUAUAAAACGUUCAAAUGAAUCAUUAACAGGUCAGAUUUCUGGAGCUUCGUCUUCUGAAUCUCUGAAAAGAAAUGAUUCUAUGUCAAAAAGUAAUAAAAAAUCAGAGUAUGUAGAUAUGCGCUUGGACAAAUCAGAAGCUCCAGGAUACAUUGAUAUGACAGUUAAUCCUAAAAGUGUCGGAAAUAAAUCAUCCACAAGUAGUCUUAGUUCUUCGCCAGCUGUUGUUGGAUUGACAAGUCCCAUUAGACAGGACGCUACCUCUUCGCCAAGUAUCAAAAUCAUAAAGCCUUCUGGGAAUCAAAAAUCUAUUGGUUUUUCCACAUCAACCAACAGUAGCAGUACAGACAGCAUCCCUCCACCAAGUUCACUUUUUAGUCCAAUUAAUUUUGUUUCCCCAUCUGGAUCUCGUAGUCCCUCUGUGAAAGGUCGUAGCCCAGCGAGUUCUGGGAGGGAGUCAGAGGAGGAGAGUUAUAUGUCGUAUCAACCUGCAUCAGCUGGAAAAACUAAAGACGAGAAAAAAAGUGAAAAUAAAAAAGAAAAGAAAUCUUGGCAUUCUAAGUCAAAACAUAAAGAUAAAAAACAAUCGGAAGAAAAAGAAAAGAAAAAUGGAAGUAAAGUUUCAGUAGCUUCUAAUAAUUCAUCAGGAACUGGAUUAAACAUUCAAGAAAUGAAAAACGAUAGGGAUAGUAUGUAUAUGGAUUACGAACCUGGAGCUUUAAAUGUUUCUACAUCAGAGUCAACAAAUCCCGUACAAUUUUCAUGUGGUAAUGAAUUUAAUCUUACAUCGUCAGGCUCAGAGCCUUCAAUGGAUACAUCUCAGAACCAAUCUAUGGCUGAUAGUAGUCCCUAUAUGGAAUAUGAACCUGAAAGUGUAGCCAUGAAAUCUGAUAUGAUAUGUAGUGAAAAUAAUGACGAUAGUGCAUACAUGGAGUAUGAACCAGGCUCAGCUGAACAAAGUAUGAGGACUUCUGAGCCAGAUCUUCCCCCAGCAGUCGUAUCAGGGCUGUCUGGACAGAAAGCCCCUCCUAUACCACCGAGAAAAACAGAAGGGGCGGAGUUUGAACAGGAAGAAACAUUUGCUUCUGAAUAUGAGUCGGGUGGAUCUAGUAUUGAGACUCUGAAAGACAGUGGAUCAGCAUGUCAUGUGGAUUUGGAUUCAUAUAUGGAUUUUGAUCCAGAAAAUUCAGAUAUUAAGCCAGGGAUUAUUAAAGCGCCAUCUAGAGUGCGGUCAUUUAUCACUGAUACUUCUAUGGAAGAAGAGUUAGGAAAAGAUAACUCUCUCAAAGAAAUUAGCGGUACAGUUGUACCAAGUAGUCCAAUAGACAAACCUAUUAAACAAAAAGCCAGUGAUAGUGUUCAAAGUGAGAAAAGUGUUCAAAUUAAAACGGUUAUUAAUCCUAACUUGUCAGAAACAAUUCCUGAAAGUGACGAAUACGUUGGCCUAGAGUUCAAAUCUAAAUCAACUGAACGUUUCUUGUUAGGUGGAAUAACCCCUGGAAAUCAAAACAUUACAAGUGAUCAGUUAAUUAGUUCUAAAAAUAGUAAGAAAGAUAACUUAUUUAAAAAUGAAGUAGGUAAACCAGAAAAUCACCGAAAUGAGAAGAAAUUAGAUAUAAAAAUUAAAAUCCUUCCAGAUGUGUUUGAAGGCAGUAUUUCAUCUUUGGAGGAACUGAAAAUUGUAGAGUCCCCCACUGAAAAAGAUAUUAAGGAAUGCAAAUCAAGGCAUAGUAGCACAUCAUCAAAAAUAUCCACUAGCCCAUUGGAACUUUCAAACAAGAGUAAUCUAUUAGGUAUGAAUUUUCCAGCUGAAAGUUUAGAAUUACAAAUUAAAGAAAAGGUAGAAAAAGUAGAAAUUCAAAAUAGUGCAAAUUCAAACACAAGUAGACAUAGUUGCUCCGAUUUAACAAUGUCCUAUGAACCGAUGAAUUUUCCAAGUGACACACUUAAAAGUUCAGAACUCUCUUCAUCUCAACAACAGCUCACGACACCUGGACUUAAUUAUGCAUCUCUGGACUUAGGUUCCAGGGAAAACAUAGACAAUGAUAUAAAAUUACAACCGGUUAAAAGCCGGCAUGCUUCCACAGCAGAAGAUUCUGGUCCCUUACCGCCUAAUUCUUACGCCCAAAUUGAUUUUAAUAUGUCUGAAAAUUUGAAAAAUUCUAGUAAACAAGAUGGGAAAUUUUCCAAAGAAUGAUUGGUUGAUAAUCAAAUCAUGUGAUCAUGUGUAUUGUAAAAAGCUAGACAGGUAAAAUACUUGAAAUUAUACUUUCAUGUAAAUUAGAUAUUGUCUUAAAAUGAAAGUCUGAUAAUGAUAA